UUGGCUGUGUGAGCUGCUCCGCUGGAAGGAGGAUCCGUCUCCGGAGAACCGGACGCUCUGGGAGAACCUCUCCAUGAUCCGGCGCUUCCUGAGCCUUUCCCAGAUGGAGCGCGACGCCAUCUACGAGCAGGAGAGCAGCGCGGGACAGCAGCCACCACAGCGAGCGGCCGACGCACCUGAUGCACAUCUCUACCGAGCAGCUACAGGCUCAGCCGCCCCAGUCACAACAGCAGCACCAGCCCUCCCUGUCUCUCCAGCACCCCUCCCAACCCCUUUUGUCCCAGCAGCCCUUGCAGCUACAGCAGCCACCCACCGGCCCCCGGUUGCCGCCCCGCCAGCCUUCCACCGCUUCUCCGGCCGAGACGGAGGACGAGGUCAGCCGCGGAGGGAGCAUCAAAUCCCGUACCAGCGGAGGGAAGAUCUCUCUGGAAGCUCUGGGCAUCCUGCAGAGCUUCAUCCAGGAUGUGGGUCUGUACCCCGACGAGGAGGCCAUCCACACCCUGUCGGCUCAGCUGGACCUCCCCAAGCUCACCAUCAUCAAGUUCUUCCAGAACCAGCGCUUCUACGUCAAUCACCCAGCCAAGGGGCUGAAGGAACCCAGUAACAACAACAGCACCGCAGGCAACACCAACACCAGCAGCAGCAGCAGCAGCAGCAGCCCGGCCUUCGAGGAAGAGCUGACGGACUUCAGGGAGAGCGGAGAGCUGCUGAAGGAGAUGGAGGAGAGCACGCAGACCAACAACACCAUCUUCUCCAUCAAGAUCGAAGAGCAGCUGGGCCGAGGCAGCGAGGCCCAGUCAGAGUUAGAGCACGAGGCCAAGGAGUAGGACGAGUCAUGUACUGAGAGCUUUCAUGUGCACACACAGACUGAUUGACUGUGCUAAAUGUAACGCUCUGGCCGACACACAACCACCACACUGCAAAUAAAGAGAAGUAGUGUUUUUAUUCAGUACGGCGCCCCGGACUGUAUGAGGAGUGUUUAUAUAUCAGUUGCAGACUGACAGGCUGUGAAGUUAGUGUUCACACACUGGAAAGCCCAUCUCAGACUCUGUAAUAC